CCGAGGCGAGCGGCAGAGGAGCGGGGAGCGGAGCGAGCGGCUCUCCCGGAGGAGGCGGCGGAGGAGCGGGGACAGCCGCCGGGACGGCAGCGCGGCGGGGCCGGAGCGGAGCCCCUUCCCUCCGGCCGGGAAAGCGGCAGCAGCGGUAGGAAGCAAAAUGAUGGUCCAACACUCAGGCCAGGUAUCUGCAUUAGAAGUCAGCGCCUCCGCAAUUGUUCCCACUUUGUCCCCUGCAGGGUCACUGGGGUUUGAUGAUUUCACAAAUUUAACCCCACUGGUGAAAGAGGAACUGAGGUUUGCCAUUCAGAACAAGCGUCAGUUCCACAGGAUGUCUUCUACAUUGGACACGGUGACAGUUUCUGAAAGGCCGGUUGAAACAGCAAUGAUGAAAACGGAGUUUUCUCCUGAAGAGGAUGAAAGAAAGAAGAGAAGAAGGGAAAGGAACAAAAUUGCUGCGGCAAAGUGCCGAAAUAAAAAGAAGGAAAAAACAGAAUGUUUGCAAAAAGAAUCAGAAAAGCUGGAAACUAUCAAUGCGGAAUUAAAAGCCCAGAUCGAAGAGCUAAAGAAUGAGAAGCAGCAUUUGAUAUACAUGUUAAAUCUUCACAGGCCUACUUGUAUAGUUCGUGCACAAAACGGAAGGACACCUGAAGAUGAAAGAAAUCUUUUUAUUCAACAGAUCAAAGAAGGCACAUUACAAGGUUAAGUGAUAUGGCAAACAUGGAAAUAUUUAUAGUGGUUUUAACAACUACCAGAAUCCAUGGAGGAUCUGACAUAAUGUGUAGGAUUCUAUUAGUCAAGAGCCUUUAGGAAGGGCAGGUUGCUUUCUUAAGUGGAAAGAAUCAUUUUGGCUUGACAGCGAUUCUUCCCCUUGGAAGAUCUGGUCUCAAUCAAAUUGAAGAGCCUUCUGCCUCAAAUAUAGGUUUUGCACCUGUCAUACUUGCUGUUCCUAGGAGCUACAGACAACAGCUUCAGAAGUUUUAGCUCUCUGCUAGCAUACAGUAUCUGCACUCACGACGUUUGUGCUAGAACACUAUGACUUCCAGUGAUGCACAUGGUACAGACAGCUGUGCUGGAUGGACUCUACUUUUCCUUGUUGCUGAUAGGGAAAGAAGACUGAUUAUUUCUUGAAGUUUCCAGGAGGAUGGUUUCUGGCAGAAUGUACUGAUGGGUAAUGUUGCAUUUUAAACUAACACACACACACAAAAAACCCCUUUAGUUCCAACUAAGCUUUGUCAAUUUUUUCACAGCACUUGUGUGGGUUUUCUUGUAUGACUCAUCUCAGUGACUGAAUUUGAAGAGCCUUGUAGGUGUGACAAAGAAAUGUUUCUUGCAAAACAUCCAUGUGGCCUAGCUCGUAUUUUAUGAGUUAUCACUUCACCUACUAUCCUUUGGGGACUACAAUUUUUCUUUGAUUGCUAAAGAGCAGCUUGUACCAUCAUUUAGUGACUUGGUGAAUUAGACCCACUGGAAAGAGGAAACUAACUAUCAAGGAGUAUUAGUAGAGGUUUUGCUGAAGUAAAGAACUCUAGGACUGAAUGCCAGCUUGUGAACCUUGAAAAGGUUUUUUUUAAAAAAAUUCAUCAAGGAUCUAAUCCUACAAGCCUUAAUUCAUGCUAUUAACCCUCUUUCACAAAAGAGGUUCCAUGGAUUUCAGAGCUUAUGCAGAUAGCUCUUACAGGCAUAAGAGCUUGACAAAGCUUUUUCCAUCCUGGUCAGGAUUACUUCCUUUUACCAGGUGAUUCAGAGGGAAAAAUUAUGAUUACAGCUACUUUUAUUUUACUUUUGAGUGGAAACUACAGUCAAUCAAAUAUAUUAUUUAGAAUCUAAAGGAGUUUUGAUGUAGUGAACAAUUGUUUUUAUUUUUUAUGAAAUACUAACUUUGGAUGUUUUUGAACUGGUAGAAGAGCUGCUGGACAAAACAGUUGGAGUUAUGAGUGUUUAAAUUCUGAUGUUUCUGUGAAAUUCUCAGAUUGUUUAUUUCUAUAAAAUAUACCCUUACAACUUUUUGUAAAAGAAAAUAUUAUCCUAAUUUAUCACUAAUAUCAUAAUGAGUAGAGUUAAUAAAUACUGCGAGCAAGAGAAAACUGAAAACACAAGUGUUGCGCUGUCUUUUUACCUUUGGUGUUUAAUAUUAUAUAUUCCUAAACUUCAUCAGCUGUGUUUGAGACACCGCUACUUAGAACACUUAUCCUUCAUCUUUUUUGAAGAUGAGGCACUGAAUAUCUUGAACGAUUGGGUGCAGAUGUUAUACCUUCCAAAAUUCUGUGUCUCCAUCAGUGGUGUCUAACCAUUCGAUGUCACAAUUUAAACAAAGCAGAAUACAAAUGGAGCUUACUGUACAUAAUAUUUUACACCAGUUACGCAGUAUUGAAAUUGAGUGUUUGUUCUAAAGUCUAAACUUAAAGAUACCUCAGCCAUAGGCUUCUCACCCUGCAAAUUCCUUAUGAGUCUAUCACGUAUUGUACCUGAUCCUUAUAUGAUCAUUAUAUUCUGCAACAGAACUUCUUAGUACUUCUUCCUAAGGUCUGGAUAUAUUGUAAUGUCCUAUAUCACAUUUUAAAGGUAUGUACUUCAUGCAUCUGAAAAGUGAAUGUAUUACAAAGAUGACACACUAGGUCCAACUCUGUCCUAAGAAUCCAUUAUCUUUCUGUGUAUUGGAAGGAGGUUCCAUUGACUUCAGUGAGAGUUUUAUUCACAUCUUGUAGGCAGAGUUUGGAAACUGUGUGGCAACCUCUCUGGCUUAAAGGGUGAGUUCUACGUGUAAUUGGGCCACCUGUUUAUCAGAAAACAGGUAUACAUGAAGUGUGUUACAAUAAACUUGUCAAACAAUGUUCAUUGUUAUUUGGCUUCUGUAAUGUGGAAACACAAAACCAGGGCACCAUCCCAGUAUCAUACACCUUGGCUUUGUCUUUUGCUCAUCAAAUACCAGCAGACAAAGCUGUCUCAUAGUCAGUUAUGAAGUGUUACCACAGAGACUAGAAAAUAGUGACAGAAUUCACGGAUCUCCCUUAGGGAACUUGUGUGGUUGCUUUCAACCAUAUCACUGGUGACGCAGGCGUCAUGCUUUUGUUGCUUGAUCUUAUUUACUCGGCAUGCCAAAUGUUAAUAUGGUACCACUACUAUUGUCAGAAGAUAAUCUAUUUUUUAUUUCUUUGUAUGUGCAGUCGUAGCUGCUUUGUAUUGCUUUUGUACGUGUGUGUGUGCGUGCGUGCGUGCGUGCUCCUGCACACCACUCUGGAAAUGAUGGUACCCAAGGCCACUUGACUGUGCCCAGGGAAAGAGUGUUUAAAGACCUAAACAGAAAUGGUAUGUUGCAUGAGUUUUCUUAAGAGUGUACUUUAUUCAGGAGAACCCUUAAAACACAUUAAAAGCAGUUUGUUUUCUAUUCUCAAGUUUGUUUUGAUACUUUAA